CGGAGGGAUCUGAUACAGACUACACCCAGCCGCUGCUUCACUCCCUGGCUUUCUUUGCUGCCCCAGCCUUGACGUUGUUAACGUCGUAGUGCGGGUUAGAUUAGAGACUGUCCACUCGUCUCUAGGUUUCCUUCCGAUUUGUCUCUCUCCUGUCUGGCAACCAUACUUCCGAAGCAGCAGGGAUAUUCACAUAGCAUCAAUUUUCUUGAACAUGUCUUGGCAAAGCUACGUGGAGAACCUGAUGGCCGAUGGCAGCUGUCAGGAUAGCGCCAUUGUUGGUUAUACGGACGCCAAAUAUGUUUGGGCAGCACAUGCCGGUGGUACAUUCAACAAUAUCACGUCUCAAGAAAUUGAUGUCCUCAUUGGUAAGGACAGGGAGAGCUUUUACACCAGCGGUAUGACUCUGGGUGGAAAGAAGUGUUCAGUCCUGAGAGACAGCCUCCAUGAUGACGGGGACUGGACAAUGGACAUCAGGACGAAGAGCGGGGUAGGAGAACCCACAUACAACGUCACAGUGGGAAGAGCCGGAAAAGUAUUGGUUUUUGUCAUGGGAAAGGAGGCGGUCCAUGGUGGAAUACUAAACAAGAAAGCACAUUCAAUGGCUGACUACCUGAGGAAGGCUGGAUAUUAAGCAACCUCUCCACCCAUCCAUCAGCCCACCCCCCCAACCAACCAACCAACCACCCACCCACCGCAUUGUGUUGACACUCCUUCCAGGAUUAGACGGCAUACAAUGUAACAUCCUACCCAGUGUACCCUUUUUUUUAAAACGGCCUUUUGUUUGCUAAAAUCCCCUUUUUUUUUUCUUUUCUUUUUUUUUAUAUAUAACCCACCCCCACUUAAACCUUGUACUUUAUUUUUUUUGGCACUGCAGUAAUGGCAUGUACAUUGAAAUGUUUAUUAACAAAAUAAAAGUGUAAAACAAAUUGGGAUUGGCUUUGUAUAACAUCACUUACGAUUCCAAGCAGAAGUACACAUGUAACGGGGUUUUGCUUAACCCUUAUGUUGUGUUCGGGCCUCCCGUGACCCGUUUCAAGUUUAAAUGAUAUAAUAACUACGCUCUAGGCAUUUUUUGUUUUUUUACGGAACAAGGCUUCAUGAUCUCCUCCAACAGCUAUAUAAACACUAAAAAACAGAUUUUGACAAUUUAAGCUAAGCCUGAUCGUCUCUUAAAAAAAAAAAAAAAGUAUAAUUUCGCGUCGGGUCUGGGAAGAACCAGCAGCAUUGUUGGGGGUGACUCGGGCAAAUUUGGCCCAAUCAAGAUUCAUCUUUGACUUUAUACACUCCAACCCCUUCAUCCACUGUAACAAUAAUUUAAAACUUUUUGGGGGAGAGAUUGUAUUCUAAUAUUAUUCUGCUGUCAGAUAACGUAAUGAUCCACUGUCUUCACUAUAGGAAAUAUGAGUUUUACUUAAAUAUGUGGUGUAAUGUUUUUUGGGGCCAUAAAAUUACAGCAGGAUUGUACUGUUAUGAAUGCAUUAUAAGUUAGUUAUGAUGUAGUUAAAACAAUAUUGGAUGAUAGUGUUUUGGACUGAGAAAAAUCAUGGGACAAAAUUGACCCGCGAACGUCAUGAACGGUAACAGCUUUUGAACGCAACACAAGGGUUAGCAAUACUAUAAAAAUGGCUGUUUUGUUUUUUUUGGCAUUUAAAGUUGCAUGCAUACCGUCUUAAGCAAAUCUCUGUUCCGGAGUAAUAUUCCAGCCAAAGCCCAUCUUCUCUUCUGCCUCCAUCUUGAAAGAAAUGUCCUCUGAGAAAGUCCUGUAUGUGUGUACCAAUUUGCUUCCUGUUCCCCUCCAUCACAUGCUUUUGCUGUUGUACCUGAACGUGGUCUUAAUGAUGUGGGCUGUUGUUUUGAGUGUAGUGUAAGAAGAAGACAUAUUCAGAACAUCCUGCAGUCUAUGCGGACACCUCCAUGACGGCUCGGACAUUUGUCAGCUUCUGCUAUUUGUAAAUUUGUCUGCAUCACUUCAACCAUGUGAAUUUAUUUUGUCCCCCCCUACCCUCUUUGGACAAAUUGUCAAAAGUAAGAGGAUUAACAAAGUUUUUCUGAUGGAGGAUUGUUGGCAUCACCUGUUGACUGUUAACCAUAAAGGCGACUUCAGAUGUUAAACCGCUUCCUUAGACAUCGACGCAACUUUCAUCACUAAUUGAUUUGUAGCUGACUUCAUGUCCAUUAACCAAUGAAAAAGCAUUUUACUACAGUAUGAAGGACUGUACACCGAGGAUUGUUGGGCUCCUUGGAAUUAUUUGCCUUGUGCUUUAGUCAUCAAAGGUGUAUUCACAAUUGUCAUAGUACGGUACUUAGAAGUAUAUUUAAAAGAAGAAAAAAAAAUGAAGCUGUGUUCACUAAAACCUCUUGAAAAUGGUGUUGGAAUAAGAACAUUUGUAAGUUGUCUUGUGAACAUUUUCUGAGAAUAACUGUAUUCUGUGCCAUAAAAAUUGAUCUGAUCUGUUGCUACGAGUUGGAUUUUUAACUGCUGCCCCGGAAAAAGAAGUAACUUUUAAUGGGACUUUCCUAAGGGGGAUGUUUUGGCAUCAGUAAUCUCCAUCUUUGUGUAAUAUGUACAGAAUUAAACAACGGAAAAAUAAGUUUGCGAUAUUUUGUCUUUUCUUUUUUUUGUUGUAAAUUCUUUCAGCCACAAAAUCUGCUAUUUUGAAUGCCAUGAAUUGAUGAGACAUCUUGUUUGCAGACAGAUCAAUAAAAGUUAUUCCAACCAGA